AUGAAACAAGUUACUUGGGAACAAGUUGGUCAAAAGUUCAACCCAAUUCUUUCACCCGCCUAUAUAUCUAAUGGUCUUGUACUUUCGUCAGGAAGCGUUGGUGUCAGAAGUGAUGGGGUAGUUGCUGAAACCGCCGCCGAACAAACUACCUUGGCUAUCGAAAAUAUGAAGACCGUUCUUGAAAAAUCGGGUUCCAAUUUGAAUAAAGUUGUGAAAGUAUUGCUCUUUAUUACCGACGAGAAGGACUCGAAAGUUGUGAAUGAAGUAUACCAUAAGUACUUUCCACAUCUGCCUGCAAGGUCUUGCGUAAUAGUCAAAUUCCCAAGCACAAGCCUCAAGGUUGAAUUGGAAUGUGUGGCAGAAGUUGUUUAA